AUGCUGUCUCGAAGCAUAGCCUCCGUCUCCCGCAUUGCGCCCAUGCGCGCCUUGCGCCCUUCUCCUGUGUUCCGUCAGGGACUCCCAAGCUUGAUGCGCUUCUAUGCCGACAAGAUCAUCCAAGUCCCGGUCAUGGCCGAGUCCAUAUCUGAGGGCACUCUCAAGCAGUUCUCAAAAUCGAUUGGCGACUACGUUGAGGUGGACGAGGAGAUUGCCACCAUCGAGACGGACAAGAUCGAUGUGGCCGUCAACGCAACAGAAUCCGGUAUCAUCAAGGAGUUUUUCGUCAGCGAGGAAGACACCGUUACAGUGGGCCAGGAUUUGGUUCGUGUUGAGCUUGGUGGCGAGAAGCCCGAGUCUUCAGGAGAGGCAGAGAAGCCCAAGGAGGAGUCUAAGCCCCAAGCUUCCGAGUCAAAACCUGCCGCCGAGCCGGAAGAGCCAAAGUCACAACCUGCGCCCAGCGAAAGCAAGAGCGAAAGCAAGAGCGAGAAGCCUGCGCCGUCUCCCAAGAAGCCUGAGGAACAGCCUCAGAAGAAGAGCCAGCCCGAAUCUACCGCAUCGUCAAGCUCUCAGCCAACCCCUGGAAACCGCGAGGAACGCCGUGUCAAGAUGAACCGUAUGCGACUACGUAUUGCCGAGCGCCUCAAGCAGUCUCAGAACACUGCUGCCUCCUUGACGACCUUCAACGAGGUCGACAUGUCCAACAUCAUGGAGUUCCGAAAACUUUACAAGGAGGAGACUCUGAAGAAGACUGGCGUGAAGCUGGGCUUCAUGAGCGCCUUUUCUCGUGCCGCAGUUUUGGCCAUGCGAGAUAUCCCCGCCGUCAACGCUUCCAUCGAGGGUCCUAACGGAGGCGACACCAUCGUCUACCGCGAUUAUGUCGAUAUCAGCGUCGCUGUUGCCACUGAGAAGGGUCUGGUUACCCCCGUGGUGCGAAACGUCGAGUCUAUGGACAUGAUUAGCAUCGAGAAGUCUAUUGCCGACAUGGGCAAGAAGGCUCGCGACAACAAGCUCACUAUUGAGGAUAUGGCUGGCGGCACAUUUACUAUCAGCAACGGCGGUGUCUUUGGCUCGCUGAUGGGAACCCCCAUCAUCAACCUGCCCCAGAGUGCCGUCCUGGGUCUCCACGCCGUCAAGGAUCGCGCCGUGGUUGUCAACGGAAAAGUGGAGGUUCGCCCGAUGAUGUAUCUGGCGCUUACAUAUGACCACCGUCUGCUCGAUGGAAGGGAAGCCGUGCAGUUCCUUGUCAAGAUCAAGGAGUACAUUGAAGACCCCAGGAGAAUGCUCUUGUAG